AUGGGUAAAUCAUAUUUACGUUAUGAACCCUUAAAAACUUUAGGGAUUAUAUGUAGUUCCUCUUCUAAUACAAUAUAUGAUGCAAGUGGUAAACUCGCAGUAUCCCCCGCUUUAGAAGAUAUCAUAAUAUGGGAUUUAAAAAAAGGCAUACAGAUAUCAAAAUUGCACAAUGCAGACAAUGAAUCCGCAGUAACCUCGAUCCUUAGAUCACCCAAUAACCAAGACUAUGCCGUAGGCUAUUCUGAUGGAUCGAUUCGUAUAUGGAACAGUACUAAUUUCACUACAUCACUCAAUUUUAAUGGACAUCGUGGAGCAGUUACUGCUCUUGCAUUUGAUGCGACUGGAACGCGUCUUGCGUCUGGGUCCAAGGACAAUGAUCUAAUUAUAUGGGACAUAGUCGGGGAAGUGGGAUUGUAUCGUAUGCGUGGACAUAAAGAUCAGAUUACUGCCGUAAAGUUUCUAUCUGGAAAUAAUGACACGUCAUAUGGCUUUUUGUUAUCAUCAUCUAAAGAUACUUUGCUGAAAGUAUGGGAUUUAAGUACGCAGCGUUGUGUGGAAACUGUUGUUGCACAUAGAACGGAAAUCUGGGACUUUGAUAUUUCAAGUGAUCAGACGUUGUUGGUCACUGGGAGCAGCGAACCUGGGUUGAAAAUUUGGAGGAUUGAUAGAGAGCUGCUGGAUAAGGGAUUAGAUGGAUUGGUUGGAGAUGGAGAUAUUGAAGAUGGUAUCAAGACAACUAAGAAAUCGAUUAUUUUCUACGGUGACGUCCAAAGACAAAGUCAAGAACGUGUGAUCACUAUCAAGUUUCACCCCUCAGCAAAUAUUCUUGCUGUGCAAGGCGCAGACAAAUUUAUUGAAAUAUUUUAUCUCCGCGCUGCAGAUGAGAUAAAACGUAAGAUUGCUCGUCGUCGUAAAAGAGAAAAAGCAAAGCAAACAAAAACGGGAGAAAUAGCAGAUCCAGAUGAAGAGGUCACUAUAACUGCUUCAGACGAGAUAUCCCACUACCAAACGUUGAUUACAACUGCCAAAGUUCGAUCCUUUGAUUUCUCUCCGGGGGAUGAUGCAAUGAAAACUGGUAUCGUGCACGUUCUAGCUUCGUUGACUAAUAAUACUCUCGAAGUGUACUCGAUGGCCAUUCCCAAGAAAAAGUCGAAGGCACCAAAGGAGAGUAACCGAUUGCAUACAAUUGAAUUGCCGGGACAUAGAAAUGACGUCAGGACACUUGCUAUUAGCUCAGACGAUGGGAUGCUCUGUUCGGCAUCCAAAGAUACUCUCAAAGUAUGGAACGUCAAGACGUCAUCGUGUAUUCGCUCGAUGUCGUGUGGAUAUGCACUCUGCAGUGCGUUCUUGCCUGGAGACCGACAUAUUCUCCUCGGAACUAAAUCUGGUGAACUUGAAUUGUUCGACCUCGCUUCCUCAUCUCUAAUUGAAUCAAUCAAAGCACAUGAAGGACCCAUAUGGUCGCUACAAGUACGGCCAGAUAGGAAAGGAGUAGUUACCGGUAGUGCCGACAAGCAAGUGAAGUUUUGGGAUUUUGACUUAGUCGAGAAUGAAAAGGCGUCUGGGCCAAGGAGACUCACGUUAGUACACAUGCGGACGUUGAAAAUGACGGAUGAUAUAUUGUGUGUGAGAUAUAGUCCAGACCAAAAGUUUAUCGCUGUUGCGUUACUGGAUUCGACUGUUAAGGUAUUUUACCACGAUACGCUGAAAUUUUUCCUAUCUCUCUAUGGACACAAGUUACCGGUACUGUCGAUGGACAUUUCAUUUGAUAAUAAAUUACUCGUAACAGCUUCAGCUGACAAGAACGUAAAGAUAUGGGGUCUUGAUUUCGGCGAUUGUCACAGGUCGAUAUUUGCCCAUCAGGACAGUAUUAUGUCCAUUCUAUUUGCACCUGACAGUCAUUAUUUCUUCACUGCCAGCAAAGACAAGUUUAUAAAAUACUGGGACGGAGAUAAAUUCGAGAACAUUAUGAAACUCGAAGGCCAUCAUGGUGAAGUGUGGUCUCUGGCCAUAAGCAAACGAGGUGACUUUAUAGUCUCUUCUUCACAUGACCGCUCUAUCCGUAUCUGGGAACAAACGGACGAACCACUAUUUCUGGAAGAAGAACGGGAGAAAGAAAUGGAAGAAAUGUACGAGGCGACGCUGACUGCUUCGAUGGAGAAGACUAGUCUGAACGAUAGUACCGUUGAAGUAUCGACGGCAGGAAAACAGACUAUGGAAACGCUUAAAGCAGGAGAAAGGAUUAUAGAGGCAAUCGAAAUUGCUGAUGAAGACAAAGCUGUUUGGGAGGAAUAUAAUCAGCGGAGAGAGACUUGUAUGCAUCCUGGUCCACCUCCCACUCGCAAUCCGAUACUUGUUGCAUUGGGUAAUUUGACAGGGGAUCAAUAUUUAUUAAGAAUAGUAGAGAAAGUUAGAUCUACUGAAUUAGAAGAAUCGCUGCUCGUCUUACCGUUUGGGAAAGUUAUAUCUCUCCUAAGUUAUCUCGAUUCAUGGGCAAAGAAGGAAUGGAACAUUCCUUUGACAUGUCGGAUACUGUUUUAUUUAUUGAGGGUACAUCAUGAUCAAAUAGUGGCAAAUAGGCUUCUGAGACCAAUGCUUGGUUCAAUACGAACCUACUUGCGUGCUGCAUUGCAACGGCAGAAGGACAUGUUGGGAUACAAUAUUGCGGCUCUUAAAUACGUAAAACGCGAAUAUGAAGCGAAUACGACUGCAGAAUUCUUCGACGAACAGAAAAUCGACGAAAUCAAAAACGCUGCACUCAAGAAACGCAAAUUUAUAACUCUGGCAACAUGA